UAGCAUAGUACCGGAACCUAUGGUUUUACACGAGUUUCUGUACCGAGCCUAUUUCUGAAUCGGACCGCCAGCUGUCAAAAAUCACAAAAAUUCUUCCGUUUAGCAACGGUGGACAUGUUUCAGACAGUUUCCUCUAAAUUAACGUUUUCCCGCGGUUUAAAUUCUGGAGUCUAGUAGUUAUGCGAGAUACUCUAAAGUCUAACAGCUAGCUCUGGUCUGAACUUUUCUCAGUUUUACACCGUGUUUCGUCGUCAAACAUGGAGAAAUUUGAAGGCUACAUGUUCACUGCUCUGUGCAGCACCAACUUCUUAAUAUCCUGCCUGCUGUUCUCCAGAGUGACCCGCGAGCAAAGGGAGCCCUACAUGGACGAGAUCUUCCACGUCCCCCAAGCUCAGAAAUACUGCCAGGGAAAAUUCAACGAGUGGGACCCGAUGAUCACCACUCUCCCAGGCCUUUACCUCGUCUCAGUGGGAGUCAUCAAGCCUGUGGUGUGGCUCACCGAACUGACAGGCGAGGUGGUGUGCUCCACGGCCAUGCUGCGCUUCAUCAACCUGCUCUUCAACUGUGGCAACCUUUACCUGAUCUAUCUGCUCCUCUGCAAGCUGCACCUCAGGGAGAAGAUGCGGACAACCUCACGCCGAGUCCUGUCAGCGCUGUCUCUGUCCACCUUCCCUGUGCUCUACUUUUUUAACUUCCUCUACUACACCGACGCUGGAUCUACUUUCUUCAUCCUCUUCACCUACCUCAUGACCCUGUACGGCUGCCACAAGGCCUCUGCGCUGCUGGGCGUCUGCUCCGUGCUCUUCCGUCAGACGAACAUCAUCUGGGUGGCGUUCUGUGCAGCCACUCUGGUGGCAGGGAAAAUGGAUGACGCCUGGAGGGUGGAGCAUACAAAAAAGAGGGACGAGAAGUCUGCACCGUCUCAGAUCCCGCUGUCAUUCAGCGGAGCUAAGAGAAUCCUGCUUUUCACUCUGGAGUUCCUCACCUCACCCAAUCACGUGAAGGCGGUGCUGCUGGUGGCCUGGCCUUACGCGCUGGUCGGCGUUGGCUUCCUGGUGUUUGUGGCACUGAAUGAUGGGAUCGUGGUUGGCGACAGGACGAGCCACGAGGCCUGCCUCAACUUCCCCCAGCUCUUCUACUUCUUCUCCUUCUCCCUCUUCUUCUCUCUCCCCGUCUCGCUGUGUUACCACCGCGUCCUCCGCUUCCUGCAGGCUCUCAAAAAGCAGCCUUUGUUUUUCCUCCUGGUCACCGGCAUCUCUUUGCUCCUGGUGUGGAAAUUCACCUUUGUCCACAAGUACCUCCUGGCUGAUAACCGCCAUUUCCCCUUUUAUGUGUGGAAGAAACUUUUCCAGAGGCACGAACUGGUGCGUUUCCUCCUCAUCCCUCCGUACAUCUUCGCCGGGUGGAAUUUUCUGGACUCCUUUAAAUCGCGCUCUCUCUUUUGGAGUUUGGCUUUCCUGGCUUGCCUCGUGGCCACCACAGUCCCGCAGAAGCUCCUGGAGUUCAGAUACUUCAUCGUUCCAUACCUGAUGUAUCGCCUGCACAUGCCCCUGCCCUCCCUUCCCAGACUCAUCGGGGAGUUCCUCCUGUACACGGCCGUGAACGUUGCCACCAUCUACAUCUUCAUCGCCAAGACCUUCCACUGGCCGGACAGCACAGCAACGCAAAGGUUUAUGUGGUGAGGAAAAGACUAAAGUAAUCAUUUCAGGAUUUUCUCCUGUGUUACAGGGGACCAGAACAUCUUAAAAAUCAAAGCAAAGCCUCUGUUACAUCUCAGUAUCAGACCGACACGGUCAUAUCAUUUUUAUACACUAACCACACGGCUUUGUUCUGAAUUUGUAGGGUUUUAUUCUCCCUACAGACAGAAUCGGUAUCUCCAGUUUGUAUUUGACUGGCGAAAAAAAAAGUACUUUUCAAUGACACUCAAAACACUCAUAGGUAAAUCCUGCCAGUCAACUGUGAAUCAUUUCAUGACUGAAUGAAAUUGAUAUUAACAAAAAAUGUUGGUAAUAAUAACAGUGGGAGAUCUCAGUAUUGUAAGGGGCGCUGGUGUAGAUUUAAAUCAUAAUGAAGAAUGUUUAAUAUACUGUACUCGCAUGUUGUUUUUACCCCAAACAGCUUUUUUCCCCCCUUCAAGCAUUGAUCCUUGUCGAGGUUAAAAAAUAACAUUUCAAUAUGGAA